AUUAAAUACAGCACUGUGCCUUCAUUGGGCACACAAGCAGAUUGUUUUGUAGAGAUAACAUUUUGUUAGGUUGGCAUCACAUAUUACAAAGGACUUUGUACUGUAUUAUGCUUGACUCACUGGGUAUAUCGGGGACACAAUCUGCUCUGUCUGAUCUCCUAAUGGGGGGCAGAUAAGGGGGGUUGAUUGAGGCGGCUCUCUUGCAUUCCCAUAAUGCUGUGCUCCUGGCUCCCUGUCAGCGUCUGAUUCUGGCUGUUAUCCCAGUCUCUUUCUCUCUGUCUCCAUUUUGCAGUUUGCUCAGCUCAGAGUCUUAAGAUGUUGCCGCUGCGUGCUCUAAGAUCCCCUCUUAUAUCCAGGAUAAAGAUUUUGGGAGUGACAUCAGUCAGAACUGCUCAUAGCCAUGAAGGACAAGUUUCGAGGCCCCGAUGGUUCAGAACUUCUGUACUAUGACCAUCAUGUCCCUCUGCCUGACAUCCCCUUUCAGCGUGAGCUGAGCACGCAACAGGUUGCUCUGAAGGAAAAGGAGAAAGGUCCCUGGGGACAGCUAAGCAUGGAAGACAAGAUAUCACUUUACCACAUCAAAUUUAACAAGACCUACGCUGAAAUAAAUAAACCAAGUAAUGAGUGGAAGACGGUAAUUGGAAGCAUCCUUAUUUUCUUUGGUCUAACUGGAUUCAUUGUGUGGUGGCAAGAGUGUACGUGUAUCCUCCACUGCCGCACACACUAGCAGAUGAUUGGAAAGCUAUGCAGAUCCAGAGAAUGCUGUGACACGAGAGUGGGUCCUAUCCAAGGCUUUUCUUCUAAAUGGGAUUAUGAAAAGAAUGAGUGGAAGAAGUAAGAGGACUUUCUAAAAAGAAGGAAAAUUAUUCCUGUCUAGACUUGGAGAAGAGGCGUGUGAUCCUCUCUAUCAUUAAGCGUACAGCACAGAUUAUGUGUCAUUGUGCACCAUGUCAACAGCAGUGUGCAUCACUAUGUGUAUGAUCUGUAGAUAGUAAUAUAUACAGCAUCACAGCUUCCCAAUUUCAUCCUGUACUCCCCAUACACAUUAAAUAAAUCUAAAACCCUA